UGGGUGCGUUGCCAACAAAUACGGUAAGCAACUGCAACUACUAGUACACGACAAUUCACGGCCAUCAUCAUCCAGGUCAAUGCUGCGUACCUAAUAUCACUUUAAUUUGGACCACAUCAUCAAUACACAGAUUGAACACCUCUAGGAAAAUGCAAAUGUGAUACCAGACACAACAUCACUCGAAGGCAACCACAGCUGUGUAGCUCGAGCAGCUGCUUCCGAACUACGCAUACGCCACCGUGGUCCCGGCCCCAGAAACUAGAGGCAUCUGAGAGGAUCCUUAGAUGGCCGAACCUACAGUUCCGCCGCCGGCGCCCUUCGCAAGGCUGAGACCGUCGGCGACGAUGCCGGCAACAAUCUCGUCUUCCGGGCCUGCUCCGGCAUCCCAAUCCUCGUCGCAACCAUCUCAAGAACAACAACAGCCACCCCGACCGCCCAACACCAGUCCCGCCAUCCCCGUGACGCUCAACGAAGCCGCUCUCGACUCGCCCACCUUCCGCGCGGCGGCAGUGCACUUCUCGGAGCAGCUCGACGCCAUCGAGCGCUGGCUCGACAGCUACGCGCGCAGCACGUCCAAGCUAGUUCACGACAUAGUGUCCCUCGAGGACUCGAUCAACGCGUACCUGGCGCGCAUCUCGCCGCCGUCGAUCGCCUCGGCGGCCGACUCGCCCGUGCUCGACGCCGACUACACGCUCCCCGCGCUGCGGCGGGCCGGGGACGGGGCGCGCGACUGGUGGACCGGCGUGCUGGGCGUGGUGCGCCGGCUGGAGCCGCUGGGCGUCGAGCCGAUCCGGGCGUUCCUGCAGGGCGAACUGCGCACGUUCCGCGAGGUGCGGCGGGCGCUCGACGCCGCGCAGAAGGCCUUCGACGGCACGCUGGCGCGCUACGUCUCGCAGAGCAAGACCAAGGAGCCGAGCGCCCUGCGCGAGGACGCCUUCGCCGUGUUCGAGACCCGCCGCACGUACCUGAAGGCGAGCCUGGACUAUUGCCAGAUGGCGCCGCAGGUGCGCGCCGCGCUGGAUAAGCUGCUCGUGCGGGUGUGUGCGGACGUCGGGAGGGAGAUGAGGAGGUCUGCCACGGGGGCCGUUGCUGCAGCAGCAGGAGGAGGAGCAGCAGCAGCUCAGAGCGCGUGGGCGGACGAGUUGGAACGGAUCAGGGGGUGGGCGAGGGAGAUGGAGAUGACCGAGGGCCUGUUCAAGAGGGAGCUGCAGAUCGCGAGGAGGGAUAUUGGCGAGAGCACGCUUGCUGCCUGCAAGCCGUCGCGCGAGUUGGAGGACUACAGCGUCUCGACGGUGCCGUACCUGGGCUCGAAGGGCCCGAUGAGCAUGGAGCAGCGCAAGGACCAGGUUGCCGUCAUCUCCGAGAAGCAGGGUUGGCUGUUCCUGCGGCUUCUGUCGGGCAAGCCGGUCAGGACAACGUGGGUUCGCCGCUGGUACUACUGCCGCGACGGCAUCUUCGGAUGGCUGGUGCAGGGGCCCCAGGGCGUGCUGCAAGGCGACGAGAUCGGAGUGCUCCUGUGCAGCGCCAGACCGGCCGUGCAGGAAGAGCGGCGCUUUUGCUUCGAGAUCAAGACCAAGACGCAGACCAUCCUGCUGCAGGCCGAGACCCAGGCGCAGCUGAUCGAGUGGCUCGAGGUGUUUGAGGUGGCCAAGAAACGGGCGAUCGAGGCCAGCAUGGGCCGGGACCAGAGCGCGCUUGCCGGGAGUGCCGAUCCGGCCUUCUCCAUCACUCCGCCGUCGAUCCCCGAGUUCUCUGCCAAGAUGCUCGACAACCUCGACGAGCCGGGCGGCGUCUUCGAGAAGCAAGCAACGCUGCCGCCCCCCGAAGGCGAGACCGGGCGGGAGCAUGCGGCACGUAUUAUGCAAAAGCUGGAUCUGCACCGCAAGUCUGCCUUUGCGAGCUCGGUCGACGCCUCUAGCUCUCUCACGGUCGCCGCGGGCAUGAUCCCGAGCGUGGCGACCUCUCCGCAGCUCGGGCAGGCUCCCGGCCCGCCUGCACUCCGCCUCUCUAAUCCCCUGCUGGAUCAACACCCGGGGAGCCUGGCUCCGAUAACGCUGGCUAAACCGCCCGUCACAACGAACCUUGGCAAGACCGCGGUCCUGGCAAGCGCAAACGCGGGAGCGGCUCGUGCUCUACCGAGCGCUGUCCUGGCCAACUACUGGGGCAGCAGUUCCUACACAUCCUUGUACUGCCCGCGUCCCGAGACGCCGUACUCUCCCAAGCCCGAUAUGACGGAUCCGUUUGUGGCCACGGCCAUGCCGCGGACUCCGGGCAUUGAGAAGACGCACCCGCCGCUCAGUCUCCACAGGAAGACGGUGAGCGUGGAUGCCACGGCUUCGGACAUGAAGGCGCGAGAGAAGGGGCCGUCCGAUCAGUUCCCGCCCAACUACCCGCCCGAGCUCAGGGCGCAGUAUGCGCAGUUCAGGCUGUUCUUCCCCACGGCACCGGUGGACGACAAGCCGGUGCUGGUGUUCAACGCGGCCUGGUCCAGCGCCUCGGCCGACGGCAAGGAAGGAGGCAUGGCUGGGAACGGACGCAUCUAUGCCACGCCCGACCGCAUGUACUUCUACGGGCACCAGAUGGGCCUGGUCGUGGCGUAUGCCAUCAACCUUGACAGCAUCGCCGAGUUGACGGCGGCACCGGGCCGCGACUGCGAUUUCAUCUUCCUGCAUCUGAACCAGGCGAUGCAGGACAUUGCCUACUCCCGGAUUACGAUCAAGGUGUUCCUGGAGGACUUCUCGCUACUGCAGUUGCGCCUCACCCUCCUCGUCGACGACCUGCAGGCGGCCGAGCCGAUGGAACCGGCCGAGAUCAUCACGGCGCUGAGCAACCUGACCAGCGGGUCGGACGACAAGCGGAGCCCGAGCGUGGAGAGCUGGGAGGAGGUGUUCUCGGACACGCCGGCCGACAAUGGCACGCGGUUUGGCCGGCCCAUGCUGGGACGGGCCCAUGAGUCGCACAGCAGGCACAGGCCGUCUUCGCGCGGCGGCCCAAAGAAGGCGGUUCCCAAAUUCCAGCUGCCGGCGCACCCCGUGGUGUACGAGCCACCGGACAUGGGCAAGAGCGUGGCCGAGCGGCACUUCGAGAUCAGUGCCAAAUCCUGCUUCCACGUCCUCUUUGGCGACAAGAGCUUCGUCUUCCCCAAGCUGUACUAUGAGCGAGGCGCCAAGGACAUUGCGCAGGGGCCGUGGGAGCUGCAGGACCACGGGCGCAUGCGGCGGCAGUUCCGCUUCACGGUGAAGCACGUCGACAUGCUGGGGCGCAAGAAGGCCGGCGACGUGGUCGACACGCAGACCAUUGACGUCUUCAACGACCACAUCACCUACGUGGUCACGCACAUCAAGACGCCGUGGCACCUCCCGCACUCGCACGCCUUCCGGCUUGUCACCAAGGUGGUCAUCACGCACCUGGCCAAGUCCAAGUGCAAGCUCGCCGUCUACACCAAGGCCGACUGGUCCACGACACCCGCCUUCGCCAAGAACAUGGUGCAGCGGCAGGCGCUCGACGACGCGGCCAACGACGCCGAGGAGCUCGCCGACAUGGCCACCGAGCAGGUGCGCAAGCUGGGCCCGCACAGCCGCACCAAGCGCGCCAUCCAGCUGUACGGCAACGUCGGCCAGCAGGCCCAGGUCGUCGUGUUCUCGCCCGAAACCAUGGCGUCGUUGUCAUUAUCAUCAUCAUCGUCAUCAUCAUCCCCAGCCGAGGGUGGCUCCGGCGGCGGCGGCGGGCAGCAGAAGUCGGGCGGCGCGGCAGUGCGCCCGCGCACGCUGACCGACAUGAUGCUCGAGACGGGGCGGUCGUUUAUGGAGAGCGCCAUCACGAGCGUCAUGAUGUGGGCCUUUGCCGCGGUGCGGCGCAUCUUCAAGAUUGUCACGGCCAACCGCGUGAUCCUCCUGGUGCUGGCCGCCAGCGCCGCCUACAACCUGCUGGUCAUCUCGCAGGGCACCGCGACCUGGUGGGUCGAGCGCAAGGCCUCGCGCUACAUGAAUCGGCUGGGGGUCGGGCCUAACCUGGUCAUGAGCAAGGCCAUCUACCUGGCGGAUCUGGAGGAGGCCGCUGGUAAACGCGCGGCGCCGGAAGGGGAAAGUCAAUGCUACGCGACAUUCCAGUCCCUCCUCAACACCACCACAGUCAGUCUCGACGCCCCCUACCAAGACGCCGCGCCGGUCUCGCCGUCGGCCACCAUCGCCACCACCAGCAAGGUGACGGCCCGCCGGCUCAGACGGGUGCGCCAGCGCAUGGGCGCCUAUCGCCACGACCUGCUCGUCGCCAUGCGCGUCAUCAACAGGAUCGAGCUCGAGAUGGUGCAGUCUGAGUGGGAGAGCUGGCUGGCCGGGGAAACGCGGCGGUGCGAGCAGGUCAAGGAGUUGUUGCUCACUGGAGACGGUAUAAGUACGAGCAGCGGAAAGAAGGAGAGGGCCGUGCCGCCCGUGCAGAGUGUCAUUCAUGGACUGGAUCAAGAUGGCAGUGGUGCUGGUGCUGGUGCUGGUGCUGGUGGAAAGGAGCGGCGGGCGGCGCUGAGGGAGUGGUUCUCCGAGUAUUGCACGAGUUGCGCCGAGGAGCAGAGAGCGGUGCAUGAGCGGAUGGGGCUAAACUUGUGAUUCGGUUCCGCCACCUGACUUGCAUGGGUAGGUAUGUAUGUACAAGUACCUAGGAUAGACGGCUUGGUGGGAUGGAUGGACGGACGGAUUCAUUGGGUAGCGAGCAUAACAAGUUGUAAUCAUUCGGCUGCAUGGCGAGUAGGCGCAUAGUUAAAUGAUAAGUUAUUUUAAUAA